AUGGCCGCUCAAAUAGCUAGCAGUGCGAUGGAGAAAGUUUCAGAGAAAGUUUCUUUUGCAAAAAAGGUACUAAUCUCCUUUAAAGAGAAAUUUAGUAACUAUUUACUUAUUAUUUGAAGCAUUCAUCGUUUCAGGGUUGCUAUUUCUUUGGUUUGAGCACUUGAACUUGGGAUUGAAACCAUCGGAAUUUUCUUAAUCAACAUUUUUUUCAUGUACAGAUUCCAUUGCUGAUGAAAGCCACUUCAGACGAUAAUAAUCCAACUUCUGGUUACAUGUAUCAGGAAAUUACUAGUAUCCUGUGAACCAAAUUAGUUGAAAAGAUAUCUGCUUUAUGACCCUGAUUGUUCGAUUAUGCUAUCUGUGCUAGUUACUAAUUUUAAUUGGAAGUUUCAUUUGUCAGUUUAUAUAUGUUUACAUACUUGGGUUACCAUUGCGUCUCAAUUGUAUUUAUUACUGGAAAGCAGUGGUUGCUUGUUACGCAAAGAAAUGUAAGACUUGCACUCAGGAGUAAAAGGUGCCCUAUUAUCAGAACUACCUGAGAUAGACAGGUGGCCUAGCACUGUACAACCUGGACUCCAGGUCAUAAGGUGUGAGUGUGUGCUCUAGUCAGGUCAUUGUAUUGUGGUCUUGGCCCAGACACCUAACUCUCACAUUGCCACCCUCUGCACGUGAGUAUAAAUGGGUGCAAAUGAAUUGUCAGGGAGGCCUGAUGAAUGGAGGAUACCUUGUAAUGGGCAUGGGACUAGACAUACUUCCCUUGAGGGCUUCUGUAAAAUUGAAAUGGCAAUACUGUUAAAGGGGUAAGUUUCUUAGGAAACUGUGGUGCUACGUCCAUGGGAGAGUAUAACAGGGUAAUUUAGUAUUACCAGAGAGUUUUGAGCAUUAGUUCUUCAUCAUUCACCCUGACGAAGGGCUAAUGCUUGAAAUGUCAGCUUUGAAACUCUUUACAGUGGCCAAUUUAUGUUAUCAACUCAGUUGAUAAUACUAAAUUACCUUGUUAAUAUUAUUUAUGAGUGUAACUGGCUUCUUGGUUUAUUGUAAAAUUGUACUGGUUUAUUGAAAGCCACAGCUAUCUGCGCAAAAUAAGGAUUCUUAGGAGCUGACGGAGCAGUACAUGGUGCAAUGUGGAGAUUGUUUUAAUAACUAAUUAGUAAAUGUCUUUCUCAAAAUGUUAUCCUCCUUAAAAUACUUGAGUAUCGGAAUACAAAACUAUCUUUCUGUUUGAUUCAUUCCAGACAAUCACAAUUGAACUGUUGUCAACCAAUUUAUAAUCUAACCAUUUAAGUGCUUUAAACCAUCAUUUCUAAACCACAAAUUAGAUUGAUGUGCUUUAGUUAGCAGGUGGUUGUGGAGAUAGGAAAAAGAAGUAGCCUUAGAAUUAUUUAUUUAUUAUAAAUCUGCUGGUACAUAUUAAAAACAUUUUGCAUGUGCCCUACCAGCUGAUGGGGGAUUAGUCUUUUGUUUUUUAUCAAUCUAAGUCAGUUGGUUGUCUAGUUUUGUGCCAUUAAAGACAGAUAGAACGUUUCCUUAAUAAAUAUUUUAGGUAUAACAUAUGAAUCACUCAGCAGCUGCAAUUCUCUGUUAGAUUUUUUCAUCAGUAGACUGAAGAGGCAAUCACCAUAUAUCAAGUACAAGGUCUGUGAUAUGACUGUAAAUGAUAAGGAAACAGGGAUCAUUUAACCUUUAAACCUUAAGAGAAUUGCUCCCUAAAGAAACAGUGCUCAACCAUUUAUUAAGCUCGUGAGAAUUAAGGAAAAGAUUGCCAACCUAAGAAGCUCUUGAUUGUGAAACAAAUUCUCCUUGUCAGUAUCAAAGGAAAUGCAUAGAGAGGAGUGUGGAGAAUAUGGAUACUGAUAUUAGGGUGUAAAAGGUUAACAAACUUAAUGACUUUUUAACUCUUUCACUCCCAAGAUCUAAUUAGUAAUUCUCCUUACUAUCUGCCAUACAAUUCUUAUGAUGUUAGUUCAGGGAAUUUGGUAUUGGAUCAACUAAUAAUCUCAUAAUUGAUAUUCUUCUCUAUUCUCAUCACCUACCUACUUAAUAUUGUAUUGAUAUUGUAAGGAGAAAUUCUGUCUUGGUCACUUGUGGGAGUGAAAUGGUUAAGGGAGUCUUCCAUGAGAAAUUUUCCUAAUAUACAUGAUUAUUGCCUUGUCAAUAUACGGUAGAUUUGUAACAGAGGGAUGGAUGCUUACAAUUUAAAAGACCAUGACAAAAGAGGAAGACCUUUACUGUACCAUGACAUAAAAUACUUAAUAUAUUAUCAAUUGUUCAAAUUUUUUUCUCUGCCUGCAGGUACUAAAGAUUUUGUGCUAUGUUGGAAGCAAUGGUCAUUCUGAGUUCAGAAGUGCUCUACGGCAUAAAGCUGAUAUUGUCAGAGAAACUGAAAGUAAGGACUUGUGAAUUUACAGUGAGUUUACAAUGUGUAUUAUUUUUUUGGAGGAUAUUUACCCAGCCUUCAUGGCUCAGUAAAUAUGCAUCACUCGCCACCUCCACUUCAGUGGUUAGUUAAUUGUUUUUUUUGGUACAGUUACUGUCAGUAAUAGCUGGUCACAGUGCUAGUCAGGGGUUCUUCUUAAAAAAAAAACCUGUUCUGUCCUCCCUCUCUUCAGGGUGGGUUGACAUUAAUAUGAAACAUCAUGAGGCCAGUUGAGCAUUGAGUUACUUGCCAGGACUUUAAGCAUUGUAAGAUAAUUUAGUUUUAAAUGACUGUGAAUAUAUGAAAGUCAUAUAUUUGAACUGCGGAUAAAGACGUGAAUAUGAGAGCAAUCUUUGCAGUAAUGAGCACUACUUGCCUUAUUUUUUAUGAAAGCAAUCUUCACAGUAAUGGACACUAGCCUUAGUUUCACCACUGCUUAAGUAGUGUUCAUUACUGGGGAGAUCACUUUCAUAUUCACAUAAUUUAGUUUUGUCAAUCUGGCUGAUAUUGUAAAUCAUCCACCUUGAAGAGUUUAAAAAGCUGACAUUUCGAGCAUUAGCUCUUCUUUUUUGCUCUGAUGAAGAGCUAACCCUUAUAACAUCAUCUUAACAUUGGCCUAUUUACAUUUAUAAACUUAGUUGAUUAGACCAAAUUAUCUUGUAAUAUGGCCAUCAAUGCAGUACCACAGUUUCUUUAAAAAACUUAACCCCUGUUAACCAUUGUAGUUUCCAAAAUUUUUACCUUGUGUUUGUUUAGAAUAAGUAAGUGAUGAGUAAAGAAAUCAAGUCACCAUGACCAAAAUUUUGUUUACCUUUCAUUCUAACAAGUAGAAUAAAUACUGUUGUAGGAAAAUUUACAAGAUCUAGAUUAGUGUAUAUCCUGUCUCUAAGGUAAUUGACUUCAACAUCCUUAAGUGAUUAACAUGCGACUUCUCUCACUAAUAUCCACACAUUAUCCAUGAAACAGGUAAUGAGAAUUCUCAUAGUUAUCAGGGAGAAGUUGUUAUCUUGAUUUAACACAAAGUGUUAUUACUAAUUUAUAAUGUUAAUAGGACUGAGUGGAGUCCAAUUCAGUCUGUAAUCAUAUGAGUGAUUGAGCAAAUCCCAAGACUGCAAAGCAGGAGUCAGGUUUGUUAAUCAUGAGGAUGAUUACCAACAGAAAUGGAUGACAUAAAGUCCUGUUACCAAUUAAUCAAAACUAUGACAAAGUUCAAGACAGAAGUUAGACUUUGGUCAUAUGUUUCCAAAAAAAAAAACAAUAGGUAACUCAGCAAAAGGUGCAACAAAAGCCCAUGCGCAUGACAUGUUCUGUCUACUUACACAAGCAUGAUAUGUCAACUGUCCUGUUACACUGUCCAAUUACAAGCAUGAGGCAUUCAUUGUCUUAUUAGUGCUCAAAUUGGGCUGGCAAUAACCAAUCACAUUUGAAAAUUGUGUUAUAGUUUUGAUUAAUUUAGCAGAUAGAUGGGAGAAUGGAUAAUCAAAUCUUGGAAACUAAAGGGUUAAACUGGCAUUAAAACCAAAAAUGUUUUUGAGAUAAAUGUGCUAUAUUUGAAAUAAUCUCCUGCAUUUUUAUUCCUUUGUAGGUUUUACUGGUCAGUUGGAUCAUCUACAGGGUGAUGCUCUCAAUCAACGUGUUAGAGCUGCAGCAUCAGUGAGUCAUAAAAUUUAUGAAUUCCAUUUAAUAAUUGGAUAAUUAUGAUACUUAACAAGGAAUUUGCUCUUCCAAAACUGCCCAAGUUGUCAACACAAGAAGUUAUCCUUUAUUCACCAAGAGUGACUAGCAUUUAAUAUCUCCUUACAAUAUCACCUCUGAAUCAAACAUUGAUGUCCUGAGAAUAGUGGAAAUGAUCACAAAUUAAAAAGCUUUUGAUUUAUAGAUAAAUUCUCCUUGUCAGCUCCUUGGGAAGUGUAUAGAGAAUAUUAUAGAGAAUAUGCAUACUGAUGUGUGAGAAGAUUGUGUAAGAACUCAAAAGGAGAACAAAGGAAGCAGUUUUAGUUUCGUUACUGUUAGUAAAAGCUCAGCUUACACUGCAGCCUGUGAUAACUGCAAGACUUAGAAAUCUGUUAACAAAGGAAUGUAUUUUUGUUAAGGAAAGAAGGCAAUAAGGCAUUAAAAAUCUAGACUAAAUGUUGGCAGUGUUCAUUUUGUGGUUUUUCCUGAUCUCCCAUUCAACUGUUUGGAACAUUUUCAUUAAAUUUACCUUUAUGAAAGUUUAUGUAAUGUCAAGUUGAAGUUUUGUUCUCCAAAGAGGAGGUGAAUAUUUGUGGCAAGGUAAACAUCCACCACUUUCUCUGACAAUGGAGUGAAUAAUUGUUUGAGUAUCUACCGAACAGAAACAAAAAAAAUGUUUUUUUUUUUCUGUCGUUAUAACAAAAAAUGGUUAGAAUUUACAUUGUAGACAUACAAUUUUGUCUCUUCAGCUGCUCAGAGGUGAAUAAUAUUUGCUAAUCACUUUUGAACCAGUCAGUCAGCAUGUAAGAAGAGUGCUAUUCACCUGUGUGGUUUAUAUUAAUAAUAAUUAUUACUUUGUCAUGUAGGAGUUAAUUGCACUACUCUUCAAUGUUGAGAGCAGUGGAACUUCAACCAUGCAUGGUGAGUGAAAGGAAGAGGGACUGGCUGCUAAGAUGGAGGAGGACUUGCCUCAGGGCCAAGGCUCUGAGCUGAGCAUUUUUCAAAAACGCUAUUGGGCAACUGUGAUUCAAAAUAAGGUCACCAAGAAAAAAUAAUCACAUGUCAGAAGUAAAAAGCGAGUAUCAGUAGUAUUUCAUGAUAAAUUUUGUAGUGCUGAGAAGGCUUACCACACAGCAUUUGUUGUGAAAUAAACAGUGUGGCUGGAAAUCACUUCUGCAAGAUUCAUGUAACAUCUCUGAUAAGCAAGGAGAAAGAUGAAUUAUUUUGCAGAAGGAAAUGACUGUUUUUUGAAAAGUUAACCUGUAUUUAACCCUUUAACUCCCAAGAUCUGAUUGUUAAUUCUCCCCUCCAGCUGCUACACAUUUCCUUGUCAAUUAGUUAUGAGAAUUUGGUGUUAGAUUAGAAAACAACUUCUACCUGAUCAGUUUGAGUAUUCUCAUUACCUGUUUGUGGGAUAAUGCAUGGAUAUUAUAGGGAGAAGUUACUUGUUGAUCACUUCCAUGAUACCCUUACAUUACCCAGCAAACAGGUAAUGAGAAUACUCAAACUUAUCAGUUAGAAGGUUUUAUCUUGAUCUAACAACAAAUUCUCAUAACCAAUUUAAAGGAAAUGUGUAGUAGCUUGAGGAGGGAAUUCACAAUCAGAUCUUGGGAGUUAAAAGGUUAAUCCAACAGGGGCUAAAAUUGAAUUAUGUGGUACAGACUAAUUCACUAGUAACCAGAAAUACCUUGGGGAAAGAUCUAACUCUGUUUAAUUCUUGUCUAUAACUGUAGCAAUGAGGGGACCAACAGGAAAGAAGAUGGAAGGAUUUGGAAACUCACCUUCUCAACAGCCAAGUAAGUAUUAACCUACUCUUUAUGGUUUAAGCCCUAGGCUCAUGGGGACUGCUUUUUACUAAAAAGAGAGCAAAACUCUCCAGAAUCUGUUCAACCAAGCUAACAUAUUAUUGUGCAUGAUCUUCCCGAAAUUGAAGUGAACAUUGAUGAGUCAAUGAGUCAAUCAAUGAGUGCAGAAAAUCAAACACAAUUUUAUAUAGUAUACAAUUUAAUUGUUAGACAUGGAAAUGACACAAAAAGUGUUCAAAAUCAACAUGAACACAUAACUGUUGAAGACAACAAAGCAAACAUUUAAUUGCUCUGUUUUUAUAAAGUCAUUAAUCAUAGAAUUGGUUUCAAAACUGCUCAAUGCUAUGUGAACACUCAAGGUAUGAAGACCAAAGAAUUUGUGCUGCAUGUAGCAUUAUCUUCUUUCUUGAAUUUUACUACAGAAAACAAAACGUGGCUUGAUUCCAUGAAAACUAUGGCUGAACAUCUUCCAGAGGCAGCAAAUCGUUUUGCAUCAAAGAAAGAAAAAGAAAGUAUGGCAUCAACUGGAGGAUUAACUGGAGGCAUCAGAUUUGUUAAUUACGUUGAUUUUUCAGAUCCUGAUUCAGGUAUCUCAGCAGUUUGUUGUUUUCUAUGAUGAUCAGAUGACACAUCUGAAAAUUCCAGUGGGGACAUUAGUGUUUGAAUUGUAGAAAAUUCCAACACAUAGAUCUAGUGUAUGAAAUGUGUUAGAUCCUGUUUAGUACUUUUUGCAUGAUCUGUAAGGAUUAUUGCACAUUUUCAAGUAUCCACUAUCCUACGGCACUAAAAUACACAAGAUUCCAGCUUGUGCUUCAGCAAUGACGACAUUCACUGGAAUCUGCCAUCUUAAAAUGGAGGCAGCAUAACCACCUUGCCUGCUCCCUAUAAAAUCACCAUCUCUGAACUCUGAUACCUCUACAGGCUAUGUAUGCAUGGGGUUCAAUAGCAAUAAAGAUUGUUGACUAGUGUUAUAAAUGAUUCAUUCUAAUAAUGAAUUUUCCUGAUCUUAGUAAUAUUUUGUCUUUCACUUAAUAUCUGAAUUAUUCAUAGUGGUUAAUUAUACCAUCACAGGGUCUUCAAGGAAGUAAAUAGUGAAUUAAUCUAAAGUAAACACAGACAGAAGUGAUCUUCAUAUUUACAGGAAAUAUUUGACAAAAAAUUCUUAAUUACUUUUAAUUUGUAGAUUCCAAGACAUUUGUGGAUGAUGAAGUCUCCCAUCAGUAAGAAACAUCUUUGCUUUCUAUUUGUAAUUUCUAAUUAAAAAGACUCACCAGUAAGUUCUCUUCUGCUCAAUGGAAGAGCAAAGGAGUACAUAUUCCGAUGGUGUGGAGGUGUGAUCCCCAUGGGAAACAAAGAUAUUUCCCCUUUUUCUAUCAUGACAAAUUAAACAAAACACACAAUAGUGUUAUUGGUUGGAAUAUACCCUGUAUGACUCGAACAAAUAAAUUUUAUUAUAAUAAUUUUCAGUUGCAUUGCCAUAGGCAUGUAUUGAUCCUUAGAGCAUGUAAAAAAUAUUCAACAGGAGUCAAGAGGGUCUACCUCUAUCCCUAACAGGAAUUUUGGUCCAUUUAGAAAGCAGUAUGCACAAGGUAUUUUUCAAAACUCCUCUGAGUUGGUGGUCAUUUAAUAUAUUAAUUGGGGUAAAUUGAAAGGUUUAAUGUUUCUUUGUGUUUAAAUUUCAGUUCAUCAGGAGACCAAGAAUCAGUAGAACUGGAAGAUGCCUUGUCUGUAGAAGUUCAUCUUGUUGAAAACAUUACAUCUGAAGGUGGAAUACGUGCAGUGCCUUCAAAGCAAGAUUUAAAUCAGUUCACAAAAAGGUAGAAUUAUACUUGGAAUAUUCUUCCAACUUUUGCAUUAGUUUAUGGUAAUAAAUUGUGUUGGUCAGAAAUUUACAAUUGCUAUUGUUGUAUUGUUCAGGUUUCUUGCUCUUGCUAGUUUCCAUGAAAUUCCUGCUUGUUACUUUUAGCUCUGAUAAGGAACUUAAACAUCACUUAUUGAGAAAUUCAAACAUUCAAAGCAUUCAUUUAGAUUUUUUUUUCUUGUAAGAUGCUCUUCCUUAAAUUUCAAUGAGGUAUUGAUAGCACUGAACAGCAGACUACUGGAACCAGUCACUGAAGUUCAACUGGUAGGAACGUUUAUUACCUAAUAAAAUAUGUGUCUAUUAUGAAAUUACUUAAAUCACUCAAGAAAAGAUUGUGUCAUCAGUGAAUACGUUACAGUGUGAUUAAUUUGUUCCCAAAAAAAAAAAAUACAAAACAAUAAAAUCCAGGUUUAUUACAGGGUUUGUACAAGUCUUGGAAAACCUGGCAAGUCUUAGAAAAGGACUACAGGUCUUUGAGAGACCUGGAAAUCUGCUUGAUUUGUUCAAUUAAUUUUUCACAAUUUACAUUGUAAGAAAUGUAUGUAGACCAGAAGGAGAAUUGAAUUAGAAAUCUUGGAAAUGAAAGGCUUUAAGGUGAAAUUUGGAGUCCGGAAAAAAUCUGAGUCCUGGAAAAGUCCUUGAAAUGUGCUUUUGAAAAAGGAUAAAAACCCUGUAAUUACUAUACAGUAUGAUAAAGAGGGCACAAAAUUCAAAGUAAUCUCAGUAUUGGCCAGUCCAUCUUGUAAAAUUAUCUGUAAAGAACAGUAUUAUAAUUAUGACAAUGGUAUAAAACUAUCAAUUAAAGAAUGUAAGGAAAACAUUUACACAAAGUGGGGCACAUGUAGGAGGUUGAGGGUUUGAGUCCCAGACCAGAGGAACACUUUAGUGGUUAAAAUAAUUGAGAUGAUUGUGCAUUCUCUAAAGUGACCUCUACAAAUGGUUGGACAUUCUGAUCUUCUUGGAUGAGGAGUCUAAACCAAAGAACUUUUCUCUUCUAUUUUCAUUGGUAUGACUCAGAGGGGGACCUUGCAUACAUACUGGUUUAUUGAUAAAUACACCAAGCUACUGUGAGCAACACUGACAAGCUAGUUUUCCUUUAUGGCACAGAAGAUGAAAUUAUAAUAAUUAAAAUAUUAAAUGUAAAAAUUGUUUUGGCUGUGAAAUAACAUUUCAAUAAAAAGUUUAAAAAAUUGUUACAAUAACUAUAAAGAAAGACUACCAGUAAAAUAAUAGAAAUCUUCUUAAUAUUUUAAAAGAAUCUAUUUGAAAAGAAAAUGUGAUCAAGAUAGACCUAGCUGGUCUAAUUUUCUUAUGGUGUUUUUAACAGUAUUACCUUGAAGAACCCAUACUCUAAUCACAGAAUAAGGUGCAAAGACUAGUCUUUGCAUGUUUAUUUCAGCAGAUCCAAAUUAGGAUACCACUGCCAAACUCUAAACUAUUCAAACAAAAAAGCAAAAAAGAAGUAGAGUAAACUUGAAUGGAUUAUACUCAAGAACAUAACUCGGACCUAAUUUUUUUUCAAGUUCAUCCCAGUCUGGACAUUUUUUUUUUUUUUUAAUGCUUAGACACCAUAUUUGCUUGUCACAUGCCUAGCAAAUGAAACACUAUUACCAUGGCUAUUUAUGGAGGGGUUAUAAAUAUUAAAAUUAAAAAAAAACUAUAGUACCAUUUCAAAUUUGGGAUGGUUUAAUUUAUGAAUGUAACAGGCUCUAUUCAAAGUGAAAUUGUGGUUAAAUUUUUUUGUUUUGUUUUGUAAAGUUAUGGACUUCAAAUGUUUUCUUUUUUUUGCAGAAGUCACUACAUGUUUUGGAGCACCUUUUAAAGAGUGAUAUUCCUUGUGUGGCCUCAAGAAUGUCUCGAUUUUGCACAAAUUUGGAAGGAAUUACAAAAUCAGAAAGUGGUAGUGUUUUAUCCAAGGCUACAAAGGUGAGUGGAUCAGAUUAAUUUACUUAAUGAAGAGUGAUUUUUUUUUUUAAAUAUUGUCUGUGUGGAUAUGCAUCAUACACAUAAUGACAGAAACAAUAUAUUGUUUUUAUUUAGAUCUUGUAUUUACUGAAUGCAAAAAGAAAAACAGAGGGAACUAAGAAAGGUAAGCAUGAAGCAUAUGAUAUUGAUCAUAGAUUUUGGCCUAAAUAAUUGUGACAAACUUCAGAAGGAAAUAACUAGCAGUACUCAGUAUUUGCAAGAGAUGGAAUAAUAAGCAAAAACAAAUUGAGAAAUCAGUACUACAUGCUUCCAUCUGUGAUCUUUUCCAAGCUAUCAAUACCCAAAGCUAUAUUUGGAAGUCUUUCCAGGGGAUAAUCCCACCCUAACCCAAGGGAUGUGCCCCCCAUCAUGUAUUUUUUUUACCCAAAGGAAAUAGCUUAUUAUCCUAGGUAGUUUGGGUAACUCUCUCUAAGAUGGUGCAGUAUAUUAAGAACAGAGUAAAAGUACUUGUACCAAUGUUAAUAAUAUCUGUGGGAUUACUGAAUGAUGUUAAAGGACUUUAAUCAAGUAACAUGAUUGCACUAGCUUAUUAGAUAGUUGAUUGAUGAAUAAAGACAGAAUACAGAAGUUAAUUAAAAAGUGAGUGUCUCCUCUAAAUGAAUACACAACAGAUGGGUCCAAUAGUUAAAGAUCAUAGCUUUACUUCAUGUAGAACACAUACAGUGUAGAGGCAUUUGAUCAUUUGAGGUUGAACUAACUUCAGCACUGAACUCUAUCAAGCUUGAUUUUGUUUCCUUGCAGAUGUUCAAGUCUCAGUUGAAGAAAGAGAUGUCCCAGUGGUAAGUUUUAUAGACUCUAUACUGACCAUGUCAGGUUUAUACCUCUGAUGAUCUAUUUUUCUUUUCUUUUUUAUUAUUGUUAUUUUUGUUUCUUUAUAUUUGCUUUUAUUUUGACAUAACUGGAUUCUAAGUUUAAAGCCCAGCAGCCAUUUACUAAUUCCCUUUGAGAUCAUAUCACGCAAUCCUAUGUGACCUCAAUUUAAGAAGCAAGAAAAAAUUCAAAGACAAACCUUUAAGAGGCUCCACAAAUGACUAGGUACAUCAACAGUACAAUUUCGCCUCAGGAAAAUGCAUCCAUUUAGCAAUCUUCUCUCUUCACCAUGAUGAAUUAGAGUUGAAUUCACCCUUCUAUUCUGACUGUUAAGUUGGUAAUCUUUGUCUUUUUAUAUCUUGCAGGUUGGAGACACUGUAGACUCCUCACUUCAGUCAACAACAGAUCAAAAUCUUGCUCUAUUUUCUGGAAUGAGUUUGCAUUCGGUGAGACCAAAAAUACUCGGUCAAUUAGCAACUAGAAGCUUAUAAACUAAAAGUACUUACUUUCUUUUUCUUUCCCAUGCACAGCAAAGAGACACCACUACAAUAUCGGCACUGUUUGAUUCCAACACUACUGUUCCGGAGGUGAAAUCUUCAGGGGGAGUUAUGGAUGUGUUCCAAGGACUUGAUCUUUCAAGUGGGAGUGACACCUUUAGAAGAAACAAUUCUACAAAUCAAAGAGAUAAGGGUUCUAAAUCUGACUUAGAUGAUUUGUUUUCCGUUAAAGAGGAUAUCACACGAUUAAGCCCGGUCAAACAGGCUAACGCCCAAGAAGCUUCUAAGGACAGCGUGACAGAUCUGUUUGAUCCAUUGCUAGCGGACAGCAAGAAUGCUGUUGGACAUCAUGUCACGCAAUCCAAUUUGGCUUCAAUUACUGAAACAAGAAAGAAUCACUAUUCGGAUUCAAAGACAAACGUUCUAAAGGAUCCGCAACUUGUGAGCUACGGCAACAAUAUAAUAUCACCUCAGGACAACAAUUUACGUCCAAUGAACUCUUUGAAUGUAAAUACCCCCGGCUCUGUCUCAGUAAAUCUUAAAAGCGGUUCACAAAUUUUCGGGAAUGGAGACGAAUUGUCACACAACAGAACUACGCAACCAAUUGUCGCGUUACCUGCCAGCGGACCACAAGGAACACUACAGCAAUUUCCGAUACAAUUUCCUUUUAAUUCCCAUCCAGUCGUUCAACCGCCUGUUAUGAGUGGCGCGUCAACAACCCCUUUAAGACUUCCAAAACAGUCGAGUCAAAGAACUGAGUUUAGUUUUGUUGGAAAAUCCGGUAAAGCAGAUGCGUUUAGUUUUGUCCAAGAUGAGAUGAAAGCAAGAAAAUAGAUUUAUAAGUAAAAUAAUUUUGUCACUAAAAAGGAUUUAUCAAUGACAGAACUUUUAUAUGACGGAGACGUAGUAACAACAGUAGAAUGCGUCGAAGAUGCCUAAAGACAUGAAGACAGAAAAAGAAAUGAAAGUAGUUUAAUUACAGUGAGA